AUGGAUGUCAUAUAUUCUAUCAAUAAAUUAAGAGCAUCUUUUUUAAAAGCCACGAAUGAACCUUCUUUAGAGCGUGUUAUAGAACCAUAUAAAUUAGAUGAACUUGAAAACGAAUUACAAACUGAUAAAAUUAAGCAAUUAUAUUAUGAUGAGGCCAAAGGAAUUGACUAUUUAGAAAAGCUGAAUUCCCCCCCUGUGGAUGAAAAUUAUUUUUCAACUGUCGUAUAUAAUGGGUAUUCUUCAAUGGACCAUAACAAUAGAAAACCAAAUAAAUUCAAUUCAUUUACUAAAAUCAAUCCCAAUAUAAGUUCUACAGCAUUAUCAAUAGAAUCCAAUUAUAACACUGUUAGUAACACGCACAGCAGGAAGCCUUCCGCAACAUCGUUUAGGGGAGGUGGGGAAAACAUAUCGACUUCAGACAUACCUUCCAAACCAUUGGGGAGGGCAGUUUCUUUUAAUAGCCAAGCUAAAAUGGAUAAUAAUAAUAAUAACUCUAACUUUGCUGCCAAUAAUCACAAUAAUAUUAAUGAUAAUAAAAUGAUCACAAAUUAUAGCGGUAUACAAGGUGGUAAUAACAACCUUGGAAACAAUAUUAACAACAACAGCAUUAACAACAACAAUACCAAUGGCACCACCAGUACCAGCACCAGCACCACAAUCACCACCAACAAUAAUAGUGGAGCAAGAUUAACCUUAGGUCUUCCACCUCCAACUACAAAGAAAAAUAUAAUCAAAAAUUCAAAAACAGUUAAGAAGUCAAAACUUAAAUUAUCCAGACUAAGAUUAGGAAAUAUUUUUAAAUCUGAUAGGAAUAAAAUAACACCCAGUGAAUUAUUAGCGUCUCAACAACAACAGCAAAUGUUGGAUUCAGAAACUCAUGACAGUUCAAGUAUCAAUUUUUAUGACAAAAAUAUUUUUGACGAAAGCUUAGAAGCUGGUAUUUAUGAUGAUGACGAUGAUGAUGACGAUGAUGACGAUGAUGUAAUGAACAAUAAUAAUAACGACGGAAAUUUUAGACAUAAAAACCUUGAUUUUAACGGGAACUCCAAAGCGUUUAUCAGUUAUGAUGAGGAUAAUACUGAAAAGUUGCGAACAGCUAAAGAUAAUCACAGUUUAAGGUCCCUGAACUCGGCAGACGAUAAAACUUUGAAAAAGACAGGUAUUCUAGAUGCCUUCUCGUCUUUUAAUCCACACAAUACUAAGGGAGAUAAAACAGGAACAUUAACCGAUACGAAUGGGAAUACUGGUACUUUUUCCUUAUCAAACCAUAAUGAUCAAAAAAAGACCAAAGAUGAAAAAAAGAGACAGGAAGACGGGAAAGAAGAUAAACAGAUAAAAGUGCCCCAACCCAAUAAUGUCACCAAAACUAAUAAUUCUAUGACAACAUCUAACAAUACUGAUGAUCAUACAAACAACACCAAGAAGACUAAUACUAGUGACAAUGAUAAUAAGCAUAUUGAAUCGGAAAACAAUAAUAGUAACGGAAAUGCUGAAAAAGGACAAAGCAGCAGUAAAGUGAACGAUGGUAUCUUGAACGGUAUUAAUAAAGCUUCUUUAAAAAUAAACGGAGUACCAGGAACGGUAGAUUAUAAUUCUAAUACUUCAUCUGGAAAGAAAGCCAGUGAAAUAACUUCAACUUCUAGGAAAAAUCGUGACUUUGAUGUAGAUUCUUACAUUAAUGACGACGAUUUGGAAGAGUUGGAUUUAGAUUAUGAUGAUGAUUCGAACAAACAGGUUUACGAUGAAAUUACUGAUGAUGAAAGAAGUGAUAAUGCUUUGAAAUACACCAGUUCUAAAGACAAAUUAGCGGAAUCUGAGAGUAGUGUGAUAUAUGAGGAUACUGCAUCAUCUUAUGGACAUUCUUUACUAGACUCUGACGACGGCUACACAGAUAUGAGGACGAAUUCUCAAAAUAUGGCUAUUCAUGACGGUAAAACAACCGUUUCAACUUUACCCGUCUUUACAUUUGAUUCUCGAAACACUAUCCCCAAAAAUUCUGUUCCAAGUUCGCAAAAAUUAGAUUUUUAUGAUGCCAAUUUAGGAGAAAAAAUGGUUGGAGAAAUGACAAGCAUUAACAAAAGUGCACACACACCACGUCAAAGUUUAUCUCACAUUAAAACCCAGGAAAUACCGGAACCAGAUUCCUUAAAAACCAAUUACAAAAACAAGACCUCAAGUUACAAACCUAAGCAACAACCAAAACAGCAACGACAAGUUUCAAAAAGUCAACAACAGCAAUCAAGCAAAGUACUGAGGAAACAUAGAAGAACUAAUAGCACUGAUUCUAGAAGAUCAGACAUAAAGCAACAAAUAAACUUUCCAGCAUUAUCUUUUGAAAAAAAGGAAACUUUAACUGAUCCGUUCGAUAGCGUUGAACAUAAAUCACAAUUAACUUCUUUAUUUAGGCCUGAUUCUGGCGAUGAAAAUGAUCCAGCUUCACAAUUGCAUCACUUUAAAUAUGUGUCUGGCGAUAAAGUUUUGCCAUUUGAGAGUGUUACAUUACAUGUUUAUAUAAACGACUAUGACAAGUUUAAACACAGUUCCUUUAAAGUUAAAGUUAGAAAAAGCGCCAGCGUGUUUGAGGUUAUUGGGUUUAUUUUGUUGGUUUUCGUUGAAAAGGAGAACACCACACUGCCUAAUUAUUUGAACCCAAACGAAUUUAUGUUAAGGGUUGUUGAUGAGGACGGUGAACCAUUUGAAGAUAACUUUGGUAUAUUAGACCGUACCUCCAACAUCAGCUCUGUUUUUGACGACGAGGUUGUUUUGUGUCGUAUUACUGAUGAACAAGAAAUAAAAGCUAAUGAAUUAUUAACACCAAUGCUAGGACGUAAGAAGGGUGUUACAGAGGGGGAAACAAGAGGCAAGGUUAAUCAACUCAGUUAUUAUAAAUCUAUGCUUGAUUCUGACAAACAAGUUAUCCAUGAUGCCCCUGUAGAAAUUAAAGUUUAUUCUUACCCAUACAAGGAGGAUUCAAUGAAUUUCACUUCGAUCACAGUAUCAUUAACAUCGAAAAUUAAUGAUAUAUUGGUUAAAUAUUGCAAACUCAAACGCUUUGAUCCAAAUGAUUAUUGUUUAAAGAUGGUUAAACAAAAAUAUGUUUACGAUUUAAAUAAUACAGUAUUGUCCUUGGAUGGGGAAAAAAUCAUGGAAAUAUUGUCAAGAAAAGAUUCCCGAAAGCUUAAAUUGGGCAGAUACCAUGCCACAGAACUUGGAAAGCAGUCUACUGCAUUGCCUACUAUUCAUAGCAACGAUUUAACUCCAAUAACGUUGGAUGCAAACGGGGAGUAUUUACCAUUAUCGUAUGCAGACCAGCAUCCAAAUCCACAACGUACACAGCAACAAGAAGAACACUCCAAAUCCAAAUAUGCCACGGAUAAUUAUUCAAAAACUCACUCUAAACAUGGCAAGUUUAAUAAUAACAUUUUCUAUAAAUUGAAAAAUCCCUCGAAAACAAGCGUUGGCGAAUUAAACAAGAAGCAGAAAUCGUCACCGCAAAAUUACAUAUCAUCUUCAUCUUACACUGCUGGUAAUAAAGACUAUUUACUUGCGGGUGCUUACUACAAAUAUAAAGUUUGGAGGAGGCAACAGGUUUCAUUAAUUAAUAAUAAACAUGAGAGAACGUUGGCUAUAGAUGGUGAUUAUAUUUAUAUUAUUCCCCCUGAAGACGAUCAACAUUGGUAUGACAAUAAUAUUAAGACCAAAUCUUUUCAUAUAAGCCAGGUAGCUUUAGUAAAAAAAUCUUCUAAAGUGGCUACUUACUUUAAAAUAUUUGUAGAGAGACAACAAGGAUUAAAGAGAUAUUACUUUGAGGCUGUUACACCGGAAGAGUGCAUUGAAAUUGUAAACAAAUUACAGGCUUUAAAGAAUGCAUAUAAUAUGAACCAUUUAUAA